AUGGCCCCCGUUGGGAGACAGAGGGAGAGAGGCAUUAAGAGAUCGAGUGCCACAAAAGACAGGAUAAAAAAUAUGUUGAAGAAGCGGCUUCCGCUACAACGAGGCAGAAAUUCGAGGCUGGAAGUGUCUUACCUGUACAGGUUUAAGUUUAUGAGGUUCUUAAAUCUCUGGGAGAUGACCAUUCUUCGGCGAAAGAAGAGUAAAAAGGAGAACCAGCAAAAGGCGAACUUGAUUAAAAAUAUGGGUCCGAUGGAGACGAAGGAGGGGCGUUCCACCACAUGUUUUUGGAGGGAUCCAGAUGCAAAAUUUUGCAUCAUCUGUGGAGACGACCAGGAAGUGCAUUUGGAGCUGAAGUGCCCGUAUAACUAUCUUUCCCCGGUCACAUAUGUUCCCUGCAGAGCACGACUUGCUCUCUGGGGUAAUUACACAACCACACUUCGUUACAAGUGCCCAAGGCAUAGAGAGGAAGAAAUGAGAGAACCUCCCAUGCACGACGAAAGGAACUCGAGGUGCCUCGAGUUCAUGCGGUGCCUUGUGCGUGUGAACAACUUGCCACAGCGCUACCACCCUGAGCAAUUUGCCGCACUGUUCAGCAGGUUUGGCCAGCUGCGGAUGUGGCAUAUAGCGACGCGCAGCUCUGGGGCCUGCAAGGGAUACGGUUGUGUCGUCUUCCAGCACCGUGAGCAUGCUGAGGAGGCCAUUGAGGCACUUAACUGCUGUGAAGUCAGUGAGUGUAAGCUGCGAGUCGAUUGGGCUUACCCUUGUCUAAAUUACUGUUGA